AUCUUGGGUAUAGGAUUAUUCGUUGCCGCCGCUGCAGCUAAUGCGAACCUUUCCGCGGAGUAUUUCUCUCCAGCCGCAUCACCGUACUCAUGCACGGUGUCGGCAUCGGAUAUACAAGAUGUGAGGCCAUUUUGGGCGAACUGGGGCCCACCCGUCGAUGUUUUCGCGCCUGGUGCCCAGGUUCUAUCUGCUUGGAUUGGGCCCAACAAUGACGAAACCGCGAUUGCCGAUGGAACAUCCAUGGCCACUCCUCACGUCGCCGGUUUGGUUGCGUAUCUCCUU